UCUUUCUCUCAUUUUCUCGCUUACCCAAACGUCCUUCUCUCACCUCCAAUGGCCGACCAGCUCACCGACGAUCAGAUCGCUGAGUUCAAGGAAGCCUUCAGCCUCUUCGAUAAGGACGGCGAUGGUUGUAUUACUACCAAGGAACUUGGAACUGUAAUGCGGUCUCUUGGGCAAAACCCAACUGAGGCAGAGCUGCAGGACAUGAUAAAUGAAGUCGAUGCUGAUGGAAAUGGUACCAUUGAUUUCCCAGAAUUCCUCAACCUGAUGGCUCGCAAGAUGAAAGACACUGAUUCAGAGGAGGAACUUAAGGAAGCCUUCCGUGUGUUUGACAAGGAUCAGAACGGUUUUAUUUCUGCAGCUGAGCUCCGCCAUGUUAUGACGAAUCUCGGUGAGAAGCUGACAGACGAAGAAGUUGAUGAGAUGAUUCGCGAGGCUGAUGUUGAUGGUGAUGGACAGAUCAAUUAUGAGGAGUUUGUCAAAGUUAUGAUGGCCAAGUGAGGACCAAUCAAUCAUCACCGAAAUUUGAUUUGCAUUCAAAGAGAAAAAAGGGACAGGGCAGAUAAGUUUUGAUGAGAAUUCUAUUUUCAUUAGGGAAUCUUUAUUUGGGGUCAUUAGUUUUUGUUGGUUGGAGUGUCUAUUUUUGUUGUUUGCUUUAAUUGGUACUGCACCUUAUUAGUUUCCUACUUGUUUGUUCUGUCCUUUUAUUUCAGUAGAUUGGUUAGUUGUGUGUCACCAUGCAUUGUUACUUAGUUUUUCAUCUUUUAUUAUGAACCUAGAACUAUUGGAUG